GCUCUAGCAGAUGGAGGAGAGGCACAGCAAGCAUUUGCGUCGCUUGCAUCACCACCGCCUGAAAACAAACCUGGAUUGCUAGAGAGGAGCUCGCCGGCUGGCCAAGUGAAUGAAAUCCAGCAGCAUGGCUUGAUUUCUGAAGGGGUUGGAUUGCUAAAAAUCAUGGGGAACCAAGAUGGGAAGCUAAAGAAAAAUACAGGUGAUGUAUGUGAAGGAGGAGAGGAUGCUUCUGGGCCCAAGGAUACAGAAGGCACAAAGAAGGGAGCAGGAAGCAAAAAGGGACUGGGGAAGCAUGGUAAAGGAAGUGAAUCUGGCAAAAAGAAGGGUAAGUCCGACUCUAGGGCCUCAGUGUUUUCAAAUCUGAGGAUCAGAAAAAAUCUGUCCAAGGCUAAAGAUGGGACCAGUAGUUCAAGGGAGGAUGUUUUAGAAAGCCAGGCCUUGAAUACAGGGGAGCUAGACAGUGCUCAUUCAAUUAUUAACAAAACUCCGGAUAUAAGCCUUUCUGCAGAUGAAGCGGGUCUCUCGGAUACAGAUGUUGAGCAUUUUGAAAUUACAAAUGAAACUCACCCAGCUGCUGCAGAGGCGCAGGAUGGACAAAGGACCAGCUCUGGCUCCGAUACGGAUAUAUACAGUUUCCAUUCAGCCACAGAACAAGAGGAUUUGCUUUCUGAUAUCCAGCAAGCUAUUAGACUGCAGCAACAGCAGGGGGCAAUUAACAUUGGAACUGAGGAGCAUGUCACCAAAACAAUGGACCCACACAUGGCUAAUUCUCACGCAGCCCCCUUAGAUCUUGAACGGUUUCUUUCAGUGACUAGCAGUGACAAAGAGAGUAGCCCAGAAACUGAGCAGGCUGUCUCCGCAAUAUCUGAAAUUACAGAAAACAUUCCUAUCAGUGAAAUUGAAAGUGAACUGAAAGAUACAGCAAAUGUAACCGGGUAUGCUGGUAACCAUUUAUUUGAAACACAAGAACACAAGCUAUGGACUGUUGAACAGGAACAUCUUGAGGCUGGAGUGAAUGCUGUAGCUAGUGAACUCAAGGAUUACCCACAUUUAAAUGUAGCAGUGACAGAAAAUGGGUCUUGCAGUGAUAGUUCUGCGUUCCAUUUUCUGUUCCCAGCAGCAGAUUCGGAGACUAAAAUUAGUGAAGUACAAGCUGUUGUUUUCCCAGGUUCUGGAAGAGAUGAUGAUUUUUCAGAUGCAGGCCAUGACCAUGCUGCUGAGACUCAGGAAGGCAAAUGCAGUCUAUCAGCCAGCCAAGAGGCACGGGAGAGUGGUUUUUCUACUGAAAUGAAAAAUGGCACUUUGUCAUCUGGGGAGAUAGUGGGCAGUCCUCAGCUCAGUUCCCGAUGCUUUAAGCCCUACCUAAUUAACCCAUGUUACAUCAAAACCACAACUAGGCAGCUGAGUUCUCCCAAUCAGUCACCUUCUCUUUCCCCAUCCCAGAGCCCACUUUUUAAGAGAAGACGUGAGUCCUUCCAAAGAAAAGAGAAGGCAUCAGUCAAGAAGCAAAGGUCCGUCAGUUUGGCUGGUUAUUUCAGUCGAUCAGCAGACUGGACAGAAGAGCUAUCUGAUCACAAAGGUGAAAUAUCUAAAAAGAUUGGCUCUGCAGACUUCUUGGAGUACAGGCGGUCCAGGGAGAGAUUGCAAGAAGAAAAAGAACGUUUGACUCACUCAAGAAAAUCCUCAGGGAUCCAGGCUUCUACUGAUACCUUUCCCAAUGUCUUUACAGGGCGAACUCUUCUGGAAAAACUGUUCAGCCAGCAGGAGAAUGCCCCACAGGAAGAAGCAGAAAAGCUAUGUUCUAGGAUCAUUGCGAUGGGGCUCCUACUUCCUUUCAGCGAUUGCUUCAGAGAACCAUGUAAUCAGAGUGCGCAGCAGAGCACGCCCACUUUUGAUCAAGACCAGCUUUAUACUUGGGCUGCAGUUAGCCAACCCACACAUUCAUCGGAUUACAUCGAAGGGAGGUUUCCAAGGAGAAUUCCAUCCGUGUGGCCACCACCCAAGCCUCCUGAUGAGGAACAAAAACUCAAACAUAUGGAAGCAGAGUUUGAAGCAGCUAUCUUGGAAACGCAGAAACAAUACAUAGAGGAUGUUCAGCGGGUACAGGGUGAUUUUGAGUUGAAAUCUGAGGAACGUGCUAAUGUAAUUCAGCAGCUGGAGCAAACCAUUGAGGAUCUGAGGACCAAAAUUGCAGAACUGGAGAAACAGUUCCCAGCAACAGAGGCACAGAUUCCUUUAAGAGACCAAGAGAGUCAGAGUGGACACUCGGUUUGUGAGGAACGUGGUAAUGUGGAUCUUCAAACAAAUGAAGAGAAUGUCCUACCCAAAACUGUUUUACAAGUAAAAUCAGUACAGACUUCACCAGUAGAAGAUUGUUUUACACACUCAGAGCCUUCAGCCAACACACUGCCACAGACUCCUCCCCACCUGGAAGCAGAUAAAAUUGAACGGCCAUCUCAACAAUUGCCAACUCUUGAACUAGAUCCCACAUAUUGUUCUGAAGUAUCUUUAAUUCUGUCACCAAAAUUAACCUCAAUGCAGCUGGAUGAAAGCCAGUCCACAGAAAGUACAUCACAGCCACCUCGUCCAGGACCUGACACGGAUCUAUCCUCUUUGUUUGAAGAAGCGACUGUAUCACCAGCUCCCCAUCAGUCUCGAAGUACUGAGAGUGUGACUUGCAGUGAAUGUUUCCCUUCCGUAUCCUCUGAACCCACUUGUAGCAUCCCACCCCCACUGCCUGGCACAGAACUAUCUAUUCCCCUGCCUGGAGCAGGAGGCUCUUCUUUCACAUCACGCUUGCCUGGUGCAGGUGUCCCAUCCCCACCACCUUUACCUAGUUCAGGACCUUUCUUGCCUUUGGCUGGCACAGCAAUGCCAUCCCUGGGCCCCUCAUUGCCUGGAAUAAUUAUGCCACCUCCUCUACCCCCACCUUUGCCUGAUGGAGUGAUGCCACUGCCUCCCGCUCCCCCAUUUCUUCCAUGUGCAGGAAUCCUACCUCCAGCCCCUCCUCUGCCUGGGGCCGGAAUACCUCCGGCCCCUCCUCUGCCUGGGGCCGGAAUACCUCCGGCCCCUCCUCUGCCUGGGGCCGGAAUACCUCCGGCCCCUCCUUUGCCUGGUAUGGGAAUCCCUCCCCCUCCUCCACUCCCUCCUUUGCCUGGUGCUAGUAUCCCAUGCCCACCUCCUUUGCUUGGUAUGGGAAUGCCACCCCCGCCCCCACCUUUGCCUGGUGUAGGUAUACUGCCCCAUCCCCCACCUCUUCCUGGUAUGGGGAUGCCACCCCCUCCCCCACCUUUGCCUGGUGUAGAUGUAGGAAUGCCGCCCCCUCCCCCGCCUUUGCCUGGUGUAUGUCUACCACCUCCACCCCCACCUCUUCCUGGUGUAGGAAUGCCACCCCCUCCCCCGCCUUUGCCUGGUGUAGGUGUACUACCCUCACCUCUUCCUGGUAUAGGUGUACCGCCCCCUCCCCCACCUCUUCCUGGUAUGGGGAUGCCACCCCCUCCCCCACCUUUGCCUGGUGCAGGUGUCCCACCCCCUCCCCUGCCUUUACCGGGCAUGGGAAUGCCACCUCCUGCCCCGCCGCCACCUCCACCUGGGGCAGCUCUUCCACCACCAGCCCAGGGAGGCUUCCUGCCAACUUUUGGCCUUCCACAAGUUUGUGGGGUUCUUCCUCCUCCAUUACCAGUUGGUUUAUUUGUAAUGGGGAUGAAUCAGGAUAAAGGGAGCAGGAAACAUGCAAUAGAACCUUCUCGACCCAUGAAGCCUCUUUAUUGGACAAGAAUUCAGCUUCAUAGUAAAAGAGAUUCUAAUGCUUCGCUUGUGUGGGAAAAAAUUGAAGAGCCUUCCAUAGAUUAUCAUGAGUUUGAAGAACUGUUUUCCAAAACAGCUGUUAAAGAGAGGAAGAAACCAAUUUCAGACACCAUCACAAAGACAAAGGCUAAACAAGUUGUCAAGUUAUUAAGCAACAAAAGAUCUCAGGCAGUUGGAAUAUUAAUGUCCAGUCUUCAUUUAGAUAUGAAAGACAUCCAGCACGCUGUUGUGAACUUGGACAACUCUGUGGUUGACCUAGAGACCCUUCAAGCCCUCUAUGAGAAUAGAGCACAAUCAGAUGAACUGGAAAAAAUAGAAAAGCAUGGCAAAUCAUCCAAAGAGAGGGAGAAUGCCAAAUCUUUGGACAAACCUGAACAGUUUCUUUAUGAACUCUCACUAAUCCCCAACUUUUCAGAACGAGUAUUUUGUAUCCUGUUCCAAUCAACAUUUUCAGAAACCAUUUGCUCUAUCCAUCGCAAACUUGAAUUGCUACAGAAACUGUGUGAGACAUUGAAAAGUGGGUCAGGAGUUAUGCAGGUUCUGGGUUUGGUUCUCGCAUUUGGAAAUUACAUGAAUGGUGGAAACAGGACACGGGGACAAGCAGAUGGGUUUGGAUUGGACAUUCUUCCAAAGCUGAAAGAUGUUAAGAGCAGUGAUAAUAGCAGAAGUCUUCUAUCAUAUAUUGUCUCAUAUUAUUUGCGUAAUUUUGAUGAGGACGCUGGAAAAGAGCAAUGCAUCUUUCCUCUUCCCGAGCCACAGGACCUCUUUCAGGCUUCACAAAUGAAAUUUGAAGACUUUCAAAAAGAUCUUCGCAAACUAAAAAAAGAUUUGCGAGCAUGCGAGACACAAGCGGGGAAAGUUUAUCAGGUAUCACUAGAAGAGCACAUCCAGCCUUUCAAAGACAGCAUGGAGCAAUUCAUUAAUCAAGCUAAAAUCGACCAAGAAAAUGAAGAGAAGUCACUGACAGAAGCACAUAAAAGCUUUUUGGAAACUGCAGCCUAUUUCUGUAUGAAACCAAAAAUGGGAGAGAAGGAAGUGUCACCUCAUGCUUUCUUCAGUAUUUGGCAUGAAUUCAGUUCUGACUUCAAAGACCUCUGGAAGAAGGAAAACAAACUUAUUUUGCAAGAAAAGGUUAAAGAAGCAGAGGAAGUGUGCAGACAGAAAAAGGGGAAAUCACUUUAUAAUAUAAAGCCAAGACAUGAUUCUGGAAUAAAAGCAAAGAUAAGUAUGAAGAUCUGAGAGAAGAAAUGCAAAAGCCAUUGCCACUUGAUCAGGAAAACUCAACAUGUCUGUUGGGCACGGGAAAGGAAACUACAUCAUUCAGAUCAUUGUUUUCUUCUUGGCCUUUCAAAUUUGCUUUUUGUUCUCUAGAGUUUCUCACUGAUAGAUGUGUACUGUACAUUCAUGAAUGAAUGUAAUCACUGUAAUUAAGUGCCCAGCAAUAGAUUAGUUAUGGACAUGAGACAAGUUCCCUAUAUCCCAUGCCUCGUUCUCCACCCAAAAACUGGUAUUUUGUAAAGUUCGUGGUCUAAUACCAGUAGACCAAACCAGCAUGCCUAAGAGGCAGCAUCUGCAUCAGUUCUGAACAUGCUGAAAAUUCUAUUAAAGUUGAACUUCACAAGAAUGCUACUUGAUACAGUAAAAUAUUUCCAUUCCUACUGGCAACAUCUGUCUAACACAAAUACUCCAUGGCACUGCAUUUAGAUUAGGGAAAGAAAUGUUACUUCUAGUGAAUUGUUUGUAUCCGUUUCACGUCGACAUUUGUAGUUUGUAUUUUGAAUCGUUAAGUGCUGUUUAUACAGUAUAAUCAAUGCUUUCUCAACUUGUUUGGUUGCCCACCAUGACUAAAUAUUUGUGGAACAAGAUGUUUACCGUAACUAUCUUUAAAAUCGAUAAGGCAUCGUACUUUUUCUUCAUCUUUUGCCAGAUAGUGAAUAGCAGGAGAGGGGACUUGGAAAACCUGAACCAAAAACAUUUAAGUGAAAAGCAGUAAACACAGAAAAUCACAGGAGUACUUCAGAGGAUAAAAGAGGAACUCGGGCACUAUAGCUUGCUAGCAUGUAAAGCAGCUGAUUUGUAUGCAGAAAAACUUAAGGGAUAUUACAGUUAUAUUGCUGAUUAUUUGAGUCAUAUAGGAUUCUCAGGACUACGAUGUUUCUAGCUAGACUUCCUUUCUGAAUUAUCUUUUCAAUUAAUUUAAGACUCCCUUUAACAGGGAUAUAAAAAGAUAUAUCUAGGAAUUGGCAUUAGAGAAAUACAGUAGUCAACUCUAGUAACAAAACAAUGGCGAUUGACUAAUUCAUGUCAAUUUCACAUUUAACAUCCGAGUCAUAAACUUUGCUCUCUAAGUAGUCCAUAUCAUUGGCUAGGAGGCAAUGGAAAUCUGUGAUUAUGCCUUCCUUUUUAAUCCACAUGAUUAAUUUCUAUUUGUGAUCUGGAAAUUAACUUAAGGAUUUAUUAGUUUUGAUUUGUUGACCCAAUAAAGACCCUCUGCCCCAGAUGUAACUACUGAGCCCAACAUGAAUUGGCCUUGUAACCAUUCUCUUUCAAAGCACUGUUUUCUUGGAAACAGCAAUGUGUGGAAUGAAUUGGGUUCACAUGCUCACAAUCUCUUAGCAUCGAAGACACAGGGGUAGCAUAAACCUCUGAGUGGUUUGAGGUCUAACUUGCUGGGGUGGAUUAUUCCCUGUCUAGCCUAGUAUAUCACAAGACAUUCCUGGCUGUCCAGAGGCAAAUAUACUGUACCAGGUGUCAUAAGGGCAAUGUAAAAUAUGACCUCAGGAAUCCAUUGUUAGUCACUUAUAUUAAGCACUAGACAAGAUGUUCUUCACUUGUGUGAAAAAUAAGUCUCCUGUAGCUUGAUAAAACUAUAUGAAAUUCUGUGUUCACGAUAAUUUCUGGCAAGAAUAUGAUUAUCAAGAAUUGAUUUCUAAAAUCAUAUGUUGUUGGGAGUAAUGUUACUUCUUGCAAAGGGAAAAGAGAUUUGCUGUUAUGAGUAACCUAUGGAAAGUAACUUAAAAAUAAAGUUUAUUUUAAUGGCACUGAUUCAAACCCAUGUUUGUAUUUAUGUAAACUAUAGUCUUUUGCUCUUAACUUUUGCAUUUAUUUUUAUUUAAGUGCAAGGAUACAGUCGCAUGUUUUGGUUUUGUAGCCUUCCUGUUCCCUUCAGUACCAACGGUAUGUAUAUUACCAUACUAAAUGAAAUAAUAGGAUAUCUAACAGAGAUCGCUAUGUGCAAUACUGUAUUUAGUGUUUCUACUUCAAUUUUUUUAGAAUGUUAAUUUAUAUGAAAAUAAAAGGAAUAAUGAGACCAAA